AUGAAAGCUCGGGAGCAUUGCAUUCGAGCUUGUGCCAUUUUUCAAUGUUUGGAAAAUGCUGUACUUAUUCUACAGUCAUAUCAGGAGGAAAAUGAUGACUUUAAACAUGGCUUUAUCGAUCGUCAGUUCGUUUUGAAACUGAUCGAAAUAAUUGAAAAAACAGACUGGAAGUUAGAAAAUGGAUUUUAUAUGAUAAGCAAUGGUAUGUUAGGUUUUGGAACGAAUUUUCCUUAGUGUUAAAGAUUAAGUUUUGAGUUUGUGAUUGUUUGCUUUUUCAAAGUCAGCAUCUAGAACACACCACUUUUGGUAAAAAUGGCUUCUUCUAUUAAACUUUUGAACUCGUUACACGACUAUUUCGCGAAUGACUCUUGCGCUAAUUUUCCAUAAUACAAUUUGGGUAUUUUUGGCAGUGUGUGACAGGGUGGAGGAUGAGGACAGGUCUUCAGAAAAAUUCACAAAAAAUACCUCCAUCGGCAGGGGAUACCCUUAAAUGUUAUUAGGGUUGUCUGGUAUAUAUGUGUCUAGGUUAUUAGAUUUUUUAGAUUAUUUGUUUGUGUACAUACAUGUGUAGAACAUUGUCCAUAGAAAACAAGAAAAAAUCUUUGGCGCAGAUAAAAGCCAAAUUUUGUGAUCUACAACAGUAAUACAGAAAAAUCUGCUCAUUAUUAGUUGUUCUCAUCAGUUUCGAAGGUGAGCGUGUGUAGGACUAUAUAACAUUAGGAAGGACUAAAGAACUUAGUCGCAACACCUUAGAUUGCUGAGCCCGUGGGAAUGAGAAUACAAUUCAUAUAGCAUGCCUCUGCGCACAAGUUAUAUACAGGGUGUCCCAUAAAUCACCGAACGAAUUUGUUUGCGAAUAACUUUUGAUAGGAGCAAGUUAGAGAUCUCCGGUUUUCGCCAUUUGAAGAGGAGACUUGGAGACAUGUGUUCAUAAUCAAUAUUAUUUUCAGAAGAGUUUUCUGAAACAGGUUUUCUAGGAGAUCUUUGGAAAACUAGGCUGUCUGUAAAGAUUUUCCAAUAGCAUUGUAUUGCACUUUUUCAUGCGCUGAUAGCUCGGGGUGUCCUAUCCAAAAUGGGAGUAAAGUGAGACCUUGAUUUUCCACGGUUCGGGCGUUGUAUCGAAUUUCCUACGAGUCCAAGAACUGGCACGCGGUGACUAUUCGUAGCCUUAAAGACGGAUGGACUAUGGGCAAUCGACCAUGCUGAGUUUCAUGGAAAUAGUUUUUUUUAGAAAAAGUUUUAAAAAUCUGCCGAAAAGCCAGUUUUACGAAAAUUAGGAUUUUCAGGCUGUUUUCACCUAAUAUUAAAAAAUUCACUAUCCACUUAGGAAACAUCAGAACAAGCUCAAAAUCUCAGGAUAUGAUUAAUGUUGUUCGCUAAAUAUGAUUUUAGGAUCGAAAAAAUCUAAAAGCAUAUUUUUGUUAAUACGUUUUCCAGAAACCAUUUUGGAAAACCCGAGGAUUCUGUAAAAUUUUUUUCGAGAUUUCCUAUGAAUAGGACAUAGAAUAACUUAAAUACUCUACAUUAUGAAGUUCUGAACUCGUUCGGAUGUUUUUUGAGUGAAUAGUGAAUUUUUUAAUAUUACGUGAAAACAGCCUGAAAAUCCUAAUUUUCGUAAAACUGGCUU